GAAUUCCCUAAGUAGGUUUAUCUGAAUAUAUCUUUUCAUUUGCACUAUGAUGGAAGCACCACAGUGCUCUAAAAAGAGCCUUUCCCUCUCGCUGCCGGUGCCUCGGGAAGGGCAAGCGACCCUAAAACCUCCUCAGCAUCUAUGGAGACAACCGCGGACCCCGAUCCGGAUCAAACACAGAGGGUAUUCCGAUACAGACCGGCAUCACCACCCGCACAUGGAGCGCGCCGACGCCAUGGACACGAGCGACCGGCCAGGACUCAAGAAGUCUCGCAUGUCCUGGCCGUCCUCCUUCCACGGAACCACGAGCACAUCCUCCACUAACUGUGCCGGCAACAAACGUUUUGACGGUGAGAAUGGACCCUCUUCUGGUCGCAGCCCAAUGGAUUCGCAGGCGAGUCCCGGGCUUGUGCUUCAUCCUUCCUUCCCCCAGAGCAGCAGGCGGGAGUCUUUCCUCUACCGCUCCGACUCAGACUACGACAUGUCCCCGAAAACCAUGUCCCGCAACUCCUCCAUCAACAGUGAAGGUCAUGCUGAGGAUCUAAUCGUCACCCCUUUUGCUCAGGUGUUGGCCAGUCUCAGGACUGUCAGAAGCAACUUCACCAUUCUUGCCAACGUCACAUCACCCACAGAGAAGAGGUCGCCAGUGACAAGCCAAUCCACAGUUCCACCUGCUACACUCUCUGAAGAGACAUACCAACAGCUGGCGAGGGAGACCCUGGAGGAGCUAGACUGGUGUUUGGAUCAGUUGGAGACCAUUCAGACACACCGCUCUGUCAGCGAGAUGGCUUCCAACAAGUUUAAGAGGAUGCUAAACAGGGAGCUGUCCCAUCUGUCUGAGAUGAGCCGCUCUGGGAACCAGGUGUCGGAGUACAUCUCCACUACCUUCCUUGACAAGCAGAACGAGGUGGAGAUCCCAUCUCCGACACUGCGGGAGCGUGAAAAGCCCAUGUGCCAUAUAAGCGGUGUGAAGAAAUUGAAACACAGUUCCAGUCUGACCAGCGCAGCCCUGCCACGGUUUGGCAUCAAGACUGAACAUGAGGACGCACUGGCUAGGGAGCUGGACGACUUAAAUAAGUGGGGCCUUAAUAUUUUUAGAGUGGCUGAGUUCUCCAAUAACAGACCCUUGAGUUGCAUCAUGUUCGCCAUUUUUCAGGAGCGGGAUCUGUUGAAGACGUUCCAUAUACCCAUGGACACAUUCAUUACCUAUGUGAUGACGCUAGAGGAUCACUACCACGCCAAUGUGGCCUACCACAACAGCCUUCACGCGGCUGACGUCACACAGUCAACACACGUGCUGUUGUCCACACCGGCACUGGAUGCUGUCUUCACUGAUCUGGAAAUUCUGGCUGCACUGUUUGCUGCUGCCAUCCAUGAUGUGGACCAUCCUGGAGUUUCCAAUCAGUUUCUCAUUAAUACCAACUCUGAGCUGGCUCUGAUGUACAAUGAUGAGUCAGUUCUGGAGAACCAUCACCUGGCUGUAGGCUUCAAGCUGCUUCACGAAGAGAACUGUGACAUAUUCCAGAACCUCACAAAAAGGCAACGUCAGAGCCUGCGCAAACUGGUUAUCGACAUGGUACUGGCAACAGACAUGUCCAAGCAUAUGAGUCUGCUGGCUGAUCUGAAGACAAUGGUAGAGACUAAGAAAGUGACCAGCUCAGGUGUACUGCUACUUGAUCAUUAUACUGACCGCAUACAGGUUUUAAGAAACAUGGUGCACUGUGCCGACCUUAGCAACCCCACAAAGCCUCUGGCGGUGUACAGGCAGUGGACAGAGCGCAUCAUGGAAGAGUUCUUCAGGCAGGGUGACAAAGAGCGUGAGCGUGGGAUGGAGAUCAGCCCCAUGUGUGAUGAACACACUGCAUCUGUGGAGAAGAGUCAGGUGGGCUUUAUCGAUUAUAUUGUGCACCCUCUGUGGGAGACAUGGGGCGACCUGGUGCAUCCUGAUGCUCAGGAAAUCCUGGACACCCUUGAGGACAACCGGGACUGGUACCAGAGCACUAUCCCCCAAAGCCCCUCGCCCCCUCCAAUUGCUGAUAACGAGAUAGACUCCUGCACAGACAAGUUUCAAUUUCAGCUCACCCUGGAAGGGGAGCCAGACCAGGAGGAGGAACCCAACCACAACCACAUAGAAAGCAUCGUUCAGGGGCCGCAGGAGGAGAUAAAGGAUGGGGAACGGCCUGGGGACGGACAGGAUGAUGACGGAGGAGAGGAGGUAGUGGGAGUAGAGAGGGUGGGGAGAAGACGACUGCAGGUUCAGUCGGUGGUGGAGGAAGAGGACGAAGGAAGACAUUCAGAUGGGAGUCCUGUAGAGGAGGCAGACGAUUAAGAGGAGUCGUCCUUCUCUCCUGCUGAUGAUACGUGAAGCUGUAGGUAACGCUGCAGGAGUGCAGGUCUGUCAUGUCGGAAACAUUCUUCGGACCUUUACCUUCUUCAUGGGCGAUCCAUGAACGAAACAAUACGUCUGCACCAAUUCAAUAAGACGUUGAAUUUUUAUAUUUAAAAAAAGGGAAUAAUCUAGUAUUAUCAGAGAAGUAAUUCACACAGCAACUGUAGAUUUGGAAAGGGUGCUGGGGGCCUCCCGGCAGAAGGUAUGAGGUUGCAUGGAAGAAUCUAGUUUUAGCAGUGUUUUAACUGGGCCAUUUAGACCAUGUAGCACUCCGGAAUUAAACAUGUGCACAUUCACGUACAUGUGCAUUUACUCGUAUACAAAGAAUACGCACAAUUGUCACAUGCAGACCCACAUACACACUAAUAAUACCACCCAGGAUGUGUGAGUGGGCUAUAGCUGCAGACUUGCAGAUAAAGCCUCCUGGAAGGAGAGCCCUGACUGGACAAGUGUGGAUAAAUGGCAUAAUAUGAAGUUUGUAUAUGAAGGGAGGACACUGUUAGUUAGCUAAGGCGAUAAAUACCGUACUUGUUACACUGUAAAAUGUUUAACGGCUGUUCUUAAAGAACAAUUCAAUAUAGUUCAUAAAAACUCCAAUGUUCAAAAAUAUUGGGUGCAUAAAACUAAGGUUUAAAUGAAU